UCAAUCAUCUUAUUUACAUGUUCCUAACAGAAUAAAUGAAAAAAUAUGAUCCACGUGUUUAUUAUUAGGUGCAAAAAUGGGACCCCUGAUAACUCUGGGCUCCAAGAAAAUGCCUACCAUAGCAAAGUUGAAAAAUUGGUAGUCAUUUUACCCAAACAUGUACGGUAAAUCAACUCACAAAUUAAUCAGUGGAUUGUGUUUGCAGAGUCUCUGUGUGUGUGUGAGCUUGUGUGUGUCUCAUGGGACAAAGUUCCCAAAGCUCAGUAAUGUUUAACAGAACAGUUUUGGAUGAGAUCACCGAACACCAGGUAUGAAGAAGAAGAAACGGCAUGGUUGAUAUGCAUCUGCUUAGUGUGUUUAUGCACAGAAACACCAGACUGAGGCUUUUCUGCCAUUCAACAGUUGACUGGGUGGACUGACAUUUUAAAUAUGGAGAUUCUUCCUCUGUUAGUGCUUGUUCUUUCAUGGUGGACUGAAGCUGCAAGAACACAGAUGCAUCUGACUCCUGCAAGCCUGACGGUUGUUGUCGGAGACGAGGCCAGAUUUAGGUGCAGCACCUCCAACACUGCUUGGACUCUUAUGACGUGGCUGCUAGGAAAUAGACCAGUACUAACCAUCGACAAGCAGAAUGGUGUUUUACCUACAAUCAACGCAAACAUAACAGCUGCAAAAUGCUCCAAACCAAAGGCAGAAUGCUGGGAGUUUAUCCUGAGACACACAGAGAGGAGCCACCAAGGACAAGUUGCUUGUGAUCUGCAGCUCAUUGAUAGAAGGACGGCAGAGCUGCUUGUUCAAGAAAAGGGCAAUGUGAAGGUCUUUGGAGAGAACCGGUUGGCAUUUAAAGGGGAGCUUGUCCUGUUUCAGUGCCAAGCAGCAGGAUGGUACCCUGAACCCACUCUGCAAUGGCAGGUACAUGACAAAAAGGUGAGUCGGGAUGAAUACAACAUCAGCACAGAGGAGAAGGAGAACCUCUUCACUGUCUCCAGCAACCUUAGCAUCCAGGCCGGGAGGAGCUCUGUGGUUGGCUGUCUGGCCUCAGUGUCUGCCCUCAGAAAACCUCUGGAGAGCAGCGUCAGCCUAACAGUGGUCGCUGAGGUGUUGGAGGAAGAGGAGGACUGCACAGUCCUGGUGGCAGUGACUGCAACUCUCGCUGCUCUUCUGCUGCUGGUGCUGCUCUCCAUCUGCACUGUCCUCUGCUACAGGCGUAGCAGAAAAGCAAAAAAAACUCCACAGGACGUAUUAAGGUCCCACCAAUCGGGGUUUUGGGGAAGUUCGGUUGCUGAGGCGACAGGCGGGAAUGUCAACCCGGGGUUUUCCAGCGAAAGCACAACAGAUGUGGACAGCAGUGAGAUUAUCGUCGGAACUCGUAGCCAGAUGAACUUUGACACCUUCCGCAAGGUCCCUGACGUUGUACACUCCAGCAGCUUCUCUUUGCACACCGAGGGCCGAAACACAGAGUUUCAAGAAGACAACGCAGUUAGCAAUGUCAGAAGAAUUACCACGGUUUAAACACUUUUAUUUUGUAUUAUUCACUAGUAGUGUUUUAUAUUUUUUUCAAAGCACAAGGAUAAAAUGAUAUUGAACUUGAUGUUCUUCAAUAAAUAAUGAUUUUACCUGC